UCUGCAUUUGUUUUCUCCAUUCCCUUUAGUUUCUAGGCUAUAAUCUUGUUAACAUUGGUGUGUUCGGUUGCUACUUGCUAUCAUGAGAAGACUCUCCCUUUUGUUAGCUUCGUUGUGCGUUCUAUACCACGUAGCAUUCUCUUUUAACGACGAUUCAUUUUUUCACCGGUCGAUCUCUAAGAAACCAAUUGAUGCAGGACAAGUGGCAAAUGGAAAUUUCGAGCAAGGUCCGAAAGCGUCGGACAUGAAAGGCACGGUGGUGACGAAGCGCGACGCCAUACCGGAGUGGGAGAUCUCCGGCUUAGUGGAGUACAUAAAAUCAGGUCAAAAACAAGGUGACAUGUUGCUAGUAGUGCCAGAGGGUGCACAUGCAGUGAGGCUUGGCAAUGGUGCUUCAAUCAAACAGAGAAUCAAGGUCAUAAAAGAAAAUUACUAUUCCAUAACGUUUGUGGUGGCUCGCACGUGUGCACAAAAUGAGAGACUCAAUGUUUCUGUGGCACCAGAUUGGGUUGUGUUACCUAUGCAAACGUUGUAUAGUAGUGACGGUUGGGAUGCUUAUGCUUGGUCUUUUCAAGCAGAUUACUCUCUUGCUGAGUUGGUUAUUCAUAAUCCAAGAUCAAAGGAAGAGGAUCAAGCUUGUGGACCACUCAUUGAUUCCGUUGCUAUCAAAGCUCUCUACCCUCCUAGACCAACUAAAAUUAACAUAUUAAAGAACGGUGGAUUUGAAGAAGGACCAUACAUAUUCCCAAACACAUCAUGGGGUGUGCUAAUUCCACCAAACAUUGUAGACCUAAGUGACCACUCUCCCAUACCAGCAUGGAUUGUAGAGUCCUUAAAAGCAGUGAAGUACAUAGAUUCUCAACACUUCUCUGUCCCACAAGGAAACAGAGCAGUGGAGCUUGUAGCUGGAAAAGAAAGUGCCAUUGCACAAGUUGUAAGAACAGUUGUUGGCAGAACCUAUCUCCUUACUUUUGAUGUUGGAGAUGCUGGUGAUUCAUGUGAAGGCCCAAUGGUUGUUGAAGUCUAUGCAGCAAAAGAGAACACGAAAGUGUCUUAUGAAUCAAAGGGUAAAGGUGGCUUCAAACUUGGGUUUCUCAAGUUUAAGGCUAUUAGCACAAGAACUAGAAUUGUGUUCCUCAGCUCCUUCUAUACCAUGAAGAGUGAUUCAUCUUUAUGUGGCCCGGUUAUUGAUGAUGUCAGGUUGAUUAGCGUUCAUAACUCUUAAAUCCUAAAUUUGAAUAUAUAAUUUAUCAUUUUCAAGUAAAAGAAAGUUUAUUUAAGUGUGUGAUUUUUAGUUUUAAA